GACUGGUUUGUAACUGCUGUGUGGAGCAUCUUGUGUGAAGAAUAAUGGGUUUACUAAGCGUCCUGUUGCUACUGUUGGGUUUGAUCUACACUGCUCACUGUCAGAGUCGUGGAACAAUUCGACUUGUUAGAAGUGGAUCUUUCUCAUCAACUUUUACAGCUGGAAUAGUUCAAAUCUAUUACUUUACCAGUUCCUACAGUACAAACAGAUGGGGCAAUAUUUGUUAUGAUAGUUCAUUUGGUAGCACUGAAGCUAGUGUCAUUUGUAACCAGUUGGGGUAUAAUGGAGCAUCAAGUUAUGGUAGAACUGGGAGCACAUCAAGUUAUGGAACUGACAGCAGUGCUGCCAUUAUUGGUGUUAGUUGCUCUAGUAGUAGCUAUUUGACUCUACAGCAGUGUACUAUUACUACAUCCAUUUCAAGCAGUUGUUCUUAUUAUUAUUCAACAUAUGAUGUUUAUGUAGCUUGCUAUACUACAAGAAUCUGGAAUAAUCCUUAUUCUGGACAGAUUCGUCUACAAGGAGGUACUUAUUCAAGUUAUGGUAGACUGGAAGUAUAUUGUAAUGGACAGUGGGGUACAGUAUGUGAUGAUAGCUUUGGUCCAACUGAUGCUAGAGUUGCCUGCCGUCAGUUAGGAUACAGUGAUUACUAUUCAUACAGUGGAAACCUUGCUGGGUCUAGCUCUCAACCUAUUUGGCUGGACAGUGUUUCUUGCAGUAGUUCAUACACUUGUCUUGCUACUUGUGAAUCUUGUCCUUCUUCACAAUAUCAUAACUGUAGACACAGUGAAGAUGUUGCUUUGGGAUGUGAAUUUGACACCAGUCAAGCUGCACCAAGAAAUACACUGAGCACCUGUCGAUAUGCAAGCACUGAAGGCCCCACUAGUACUGGCAGUAGCAAUGGAGGCACUAGUAACGAAGCAGGCAUCAUUGCUGGAAUAGUUGUAUCCGUUCUCAUAUGCUUGAUUGUUAUAUUUGCUGUACCAAUAUCUAUAAGUUGCUGUUUGGGUUUUGCUGGUGCUAAUUCUAAUAGUAGAAGAAAUGGACGUGCUACAGUAGUCACUACUGGUGCUACUAGUGCUACAGUAACAACUACAAAUCUUGCUGCACCUCCUCCUCCUACUUAUAAUCAACAACCCCCACCUCCUGCUGCUGGUUAUGAUGUUGAAAAAGCUCCUUAUCCACCUCAGCUGGGAUACCCUGCUCAGCCUGGCUAUCCACCACAAGUAUAAUGUGUAGACAGACCCAGGAAAUUAAGAUAAUACUUUAUACUGUAGUGACUAAUAACUUCAUAUGUGAAUGCUUUGUUAGAUGUUGUAUAUAGCAAGUUUGAUUUUCAUGUAGUUUUAGUUGUA